CAUGUCUUUUUUAAAAGCUUUAUUACCAAGAUCAAUAAUUUGCAACCUUGAUUAAUUCUAUUAUAAUGCCUUAAAUAAUCAAUAAAUUGUUAAGAUGGAUUUCUUAUGGUUUCUAAGUUGCUGUAUUAAUUGGCCGUUAAUAGUGGGAUUAUUAAUAUUAUUUAUUGUAGUGAAUUUUAUAAAACUUUUCCUAGAUGAAGGACCUGUUCCAAUUAGAGAUUUUGAUAAAAAUCAUAACUGGCAACAGUGGGUUCCCGCGACAUAUAAAACACAUGCUCGUUUUUGCGCUGUUUGUGAUUCCUUGCUUGUAACUACUUCAAGUUUUUAUUGUGAUUGUUGUGGAGUCUGUGCUGAUAAACCUUGCAUUAAAAAGCAGAUAACGAUAUUAAAUGACUUGAAAUUAUACUUUAUAUUUCUAACAUUAGGCACAAUUGCAUCGGUCGAUGGAACAGAAGAGUGUGCAAUCUGUAAUAAUGAAUUUACAGAUCCUUGGAAAGGAGAUUUUCAUUGUUGCUGGUGUCAUAGGAAUAUUCAUGGCACAUGUUUAUCAAGAAUUCCUGAAACAUGUGAUCUCGGUCCUUAUCGCUUGAUGAUAGUACCACCAACCAGUAUUAAACCUACAAAAAUCAGAACUCGCAUGAGAAGGAAACAAACAAUUAUUUCUGUGAAUCCACCUGAAUGGCCUGGUUGGAGUCCAUUGAUAAUAAUUGCUAACAAAAAAUCAGGAAGUAGUGAUGCUGAAGAAAUUUUAUCAUUAUUUAGAUUUAUUCUGAAUCCUAUUCAAGUUAUGAUUAUAGGAAAAAAUCGAACACCAGCUCAAGCUUUGCAUUGGGUCAAAUUAGUUGCUCCAAAUGUGUGCCGAAUCCUUAUAGCAGGUGGUGAUGGAACUGUUGCUUGGGUUCUGAAUACUAUUCGAGAAAUGAAACUUAAACCAGAACCUUUAGUAUCAAUAUUUCCACUUGGUACGGGAAAUGAUUUGUCUCGAUCUUUGGGUUGGGGUGCAGAACCUCCAGAUAUUAUUCAACCAGAAAUAAUAUUGCAAAAGAUACAAUCCGCCGAUACAAUUAAUCUGGACAGGUGGGAUGUAGAAAUAGCAAAAUGCACCAGGCUUACAUCAACACUCUAUACACAGACCAAAGUUUUAUAUAAUUAUUUAAGUAUUGGUGUUGAUGCAGAAGUGACAUUAGGAUUUCAUAAAGCACGUGAAAGUAAAUUCUAUUUGAUGAGUAGUAGAUUAAUUAACAAGUUUCUUUAUUUGUGUUAUGGAACUCAACAAGUUGUUGCACCCACAAAUAAAGGAUUGGAGCAAAAAUUAGAAUUAAUUUUGGAUGGUCGAGUUAUAAAUUUACCACCAGUAGAAAGCAUUGUGCUAUUGAAUAUCAAAUGCUGGGGCGCUGGGGUAAAAUUAUGGGAUAUGGGCGAUGCUGAUGGUACAGUGCAAAGCCCAAGUGAUGGUAUUAUCGAAGUUUUGGGAAUAACUUCAUCAUUCCAUAUCGCUCAAUUACAAGUUGGACUAUCUCAGCCAUUAAGGAUAGGCCAAGCACGUGUGAUUGAGGUGAGGCUACUUAAACCGACACCUGUUCAAAUAGACGGCGAGCCUUGGAUUCAAGCUCCCGCAAAUAUAAAAAUAUCUUUAUCAGGACAGGUUAAAGUUCUUAAGGUGGUUUCUUAAUUAGGUAGCAAAUUAUUGAAGGUAUAAAAUGGCUGCAGAAGUUUUGUCUGCGAUUGGUUUAGAUAUAUCUUCUCCAAAAGGUGGUCUCAUUGGUAUCCGAGAAGAACAUGGCUCUGAUGCACACUUCAUUAUUAGCU